CAAGUACCGCAUGGCCUCCCUGUAUGUGGGUGACUUGCAUGCAGAUGUCACGGAGGACCUGCUGUUCAGGAAGUUCAGCGCUGCGGGGCCCGUGCUGUCCAUCCGCAUCUGCAGGGACCAGGUCACCCGCCGCUCUCUGGGCUAUGCCUACGUGAACUUCUUGCAGCUGACUGAUGCCCAGAAGGCGCUGGACACAAUGAACUUUGACAUCAUAAAAGGCAAAUCCAUCCGUCUCAUGUGGUCUCAGCGUGAUGCCUACUUGAGGAGAUCUGGAAUUGGGAACGUGAUGAGUGAUGAUCAAGGUUCCAAGGGCUAUGCAUUUGUGCACUUUCAGAACCAGAGUGCUGCAGACAGGGCCAUUGAGGAGAUGAAUGGAAAACUACUCAAGAGCUGCAAGGUAUUUGUUGGCAGAUUCAAAAACCGAAAAGAUCGUGAAGCUGAACUCAGAAGCAAAGCCAGUGAAUUCACCAAUAUUUACAUCAAAAACUUCGGAGGCGACAUGGAUGAUGAGAGAUUGAAGGACGUUUUCAGCAAAUAUGGCAAAACUCUGAGUGUUAAGGUGAUGACAGAUUCCAGAGGGAAAUCCAAAGGCUUUGGCUUUGUGAGUUUCGAUAGCCAUGAGGCUGCCAAGAAAGCUGUUGAAGAAAUGAAUGGAAGGGACAUAAAUGGGCAGCUGAUUUUUGUAGGCCGGGCGCAAAAGAAAGUAGAGCGACAGGCUGAGUUAAAGCAAAUGUUUGAGCAGCUGAAAAGGGAACGAAUUCGUGGGUACCAGGGAGUAAAGCUCUAUGUUAAGAACCUUGAUGACACCAUUGAUGAUGAAAAACUACGAAACCAAUUUUCUUCAUUUGGAUCAAUUAUUAGAGUUAAGGUAAUGCAGCAAGAGGGCCAGAGCAAAGGGUUUGGCUUCAUCUGCUUCUCCUCUCUAGAGGAUGCUACUAAAGCAAUGAUUGAGAUGAAUGGCCGCUUCUUGGGCUCCAAACCUAUUAGCAUUGCCUUGGCCCAGAGUUAUUAG